AUGGCUACAUGCACGCCUACCAGGGACGACCCCCGGAGCCCGUUCUCUACUUUUCAGAACUCAGACUACAGCCGAGAAUCUCAUUACGAUGUCCCUAAGACGACAGACUGGAAGUCAUUUGGAAGAUAUAACACCUCUGCGCAUGCCGCGAAUCCAGUCUACCGGCCACCCCGUUACAUGCCACCGUGUACUCCACUCGCGCCAUCUUUCCGUCCGUACCAUCAUUGGCGAGGCUCCUAUCAUGCCUGCCGAAGCGAUCAUCACUGGCCAUACUGGCCAGGAAAUUCGUAUGUCAGCUCGGAGGAGUCGUUCACGGUUCCGUCAGAGCCGGUGCCCUCUCCCUUCCGUGGCCAGUGGAGCUUUGAAAGCGCCUUUGCGGAAGGAAAGGAGAACCACGCUGAGACUAGACCUGUUUCGCCAUUGGGGCAUGUAAGAGCAAGCAGUGAGACGGGGAAAGCUGAGGGGUAUCAGCCGGGAUAUGCGGAGACGAUAUCAGACGGUGACGAGGAUCGGGGCGGACAAACGGAAGAAGCAAGAAGCGGCGAAGGAGACCACCCGAAACCAGAUGGGCCGCACAAGACCACCAAACAUGCGACGAAUGUAGACGCGACGACCGACGAGAGAAUUGAGCCUUUGCCCUGGAUGGCGGCAGCCAGUUCUUCUUGUCCAGGCAGACGAAGUCCACUUCCCAGUAUCGACCACCUUCACGGCACCGAAUCAGACCUGCUCGAGCGAUGGCAUACCCUUCUGGCUCGCGAAGCCAAACUCAUCACCCGCGAGACUUGCCUCGAAGAAGCUGAAACACGUCUAACAGCACAGAUGCAACAGCUCGCUCAAGAUAGGAAUGAGCUGGCAGUCAGAGAGCGCCAAGUUCGAGGGUUGCAAUACGAAUUGCAAAUGGAGCAGCAUCGCUUCAACGAGGAACGGCGUCGCCCGGCGCCGCAGUAUGAACGCAGGAGUUGGCACUGGCAACCUGAUGUCUGGGCCCAAGAGAUGGACCUAGACAGCGAGUGCGACGAGGAGGCGGCCGGCGGAAGUAGUUGGGAGGAUGAUGUCGAAUGGACGAGCACGGAGAGGGCUGAUGCCUUAGGAGGUAUGGAAGCGGAUCCUGAAGCCGGGAGGAAGGCCUUCGAGGAAUACGAUACUCACUGGGAGGCCGUCCGGCAACCGCAACUGCAGCCCCACCUUACUUCUACUACAGCACGAAUCCGCUUUCCAACUAUCACCGGCGACCCUUCCGAUUUGCUCAUCCCUACUACCCGCUCCACCUCUCGCGUCUCAACAUACCGCUUUCUCCGUACCUUUCGCUUCCAAAGCCAAGAUGACCUCGUCCGCUUCAACGUCUAUGCUUUCUUCCUCGACGCCUUCUGCAUUCCCUUCUCACACAGUCUGCUUCAAUAUUCCAUUCCAUUGUGCGGCGAAUUUGGUACCCUUGAAGCAGUUCUAGACUUUCCAGCCGCUGGUGCGGAGAAAACGAAGCGGCUGAGGGAUCAUCUGCUGAAGAAAGAGUUUAAUCGGUGGCAUCCCGAUAAGCUAGGGAGGUUUGGCAGCGAGGCAAAGGAGGUAGUGAGCAGGGACGGGAGGAUCAGGAUAAGUGAGAGGGAGGUUGCGGCCUGUGUGGAUCGAGCGGUCAGGAGGUUGAAGGCGGAGUGUGAUGAGGCGUUGAGAAUUGGGCUGAGGAGUUAG